AUGAUCUCUUCAAGUACUUGGGUCCCUAGAGGAUUCGCUUCUGAAUUCCCGGAGAAAUAUGAAUUGAACGAUGAAGAAAUGGAAAGAAUCACGGCCAUGGCUAAUCUCGAAUUGAGCGAAGCCAAACAAGGACUCGCAGAAGCUCAAGAAGAACAGGAAGGCACCAAAGGAAAUGCAUUAAAAGAACAGAUUGAAAUUGAUGAUGACUUAAAGGAAUAUAAUUUAGAAAGUUACGAUGAUGAUGCAAGAGAUAGUGAAGGUGAACAAGUAACUAUGUUUCCAGGAUUAUCAAAUUCUGAUGCGAAAUAUCAUGAAGAAGGUGAAGAUGCAUAUUUAUCAUUACCUACUGAAGUCGAUCUUCAAGAAGAAAAGAAGGAGAAUCAAAUAUAUCCAACUGAUAAUUUAGUCUUAGCUACUAGAACCGAAGAUGACAUUUCUUAUUUGGAUGUGUAUAUUUAUGAUGAUGGUGCUGGAGCACCUACUGGUGCCGAAGAAGAGGAAGGAGAUAAACUUGAUCCAGAUGUAGCUAAUGGGCUCAUAAGAGGUUCAAGUUUAUACGUCCAUCAUGAUAUCAUGUUGCCUGCAUUCCCGUUAUGUGUAGAAUGGAUCAAUUAUAAACCAGGUCAAUCUGAAACAUCAGCGCAAAAUAUUGGUAAUUUCGCCGCUAUUGGUACAUUUGACCCACAAAUUGAAAUCUGGAAUUUGGAUUAUGUUGAUAAAGCAUUCCCUGAUUUAAUAUUGGGAGAACCUGAUAAAAACUCAUUUGUUGCAUUGCAAAAGAAGAAGAAUAAAAAGAAAAAGAAGUCUUCAUCUCAACAUAUCACCACUCAUCAUACAGAUGCAGUAUUAUCAUUAUCACAUAAUAAAAUACAUCGUGCUGUAUUAGCAUCCACAUCUGCUGACAAGACAGUCAAAUUAUGGGAUUUAAACUCCGGAACUGCCGUACGUUCAUUCAACACCAUUCAUAACCAUAAAACCGUCUCAUCAUCCCAAUGGCACCACGCUGAAGCAUCAAUCUUAUUAACUGGGGGAUAUGACUCCACUGUCGGAUUAACCGAUGUCAGAAUCUCCGAAAACUCCCAAAGUUCCAAAAACUACAAAGUCGGACCUGGAGAAGAAGUCGAAAAUGUCAGUUGGGCGCACCCAUCAACUCCAGAAAUUUUUUACGCAGGGACAGAUAAUGGGAAUAUUUAUGCUUAUGAUAUUAGAAAUGAUGACAAGCCUUUGUGGACUUUACAUGCACAUGAUGCUGGGAUUUCUUCACUUGGUGUCAACAGUCAUAUUCCGGGGAUGAUCGUCACUAGUGCUAUGGGUGAAAAAGUUGUUAAGCUUUGGAAAUGUCCUACUGCAGCUGGAAAAGGCCCUUCUAUGAUCUUAUCGAGAGAUUUCGGACUUGGGAACGUUUUGACUACUGCAUAUGCUGGAGAUAUUGAAGUGGCUGGUAAUUUAACUAUUGGUGGUGUAAGUGGUGCUUUGAAGAUGUGGGAUACUUUUUCAAAUCAUGCGGUUAGAAAUGCGUUUAGGGAUGAAUUGAAGGCAUUACAAGUUAAAGCUAGAGAAGAAGCUAAUAAUUUGAAUAGAGCUUCUAGAAUUGCAAGAAAGUAUCAAGGACAAUUUGAAGAAGAAGUUAUGACUGUUGAAGCUGGUGGAUUGGAAGAUGAUUCUGAUUCGGAUGGAGAAGAUGCUCAUAAUGAUGUUGAAGAAGAUAUGGAAGAAGAUGAAGAUUAG